AUUGGGGGUUUCUCCGCCGCCACGAGGCGACCGGCCUGCAGCGCAUGCGCCGCACUCUCGGCCGUGGGGCUCGCGAGAGGCGGGGGGCCGAGGUUGUUGUGAAGCUGUUGGAAGCACGUGAAGCGCGCAACGUCAUCAUAAACACUAGUAGGGAAAAUGGCGGCUCCUGCCUGCGGAAAGGGAGGGAGGAGUGGAACAUUCCCAGAAGAAGAACAAAGAACCCAGGGAUUGGAAGAGGACAUACAGUCUUGAGAUUGACACAAAGCUUUGGUCAGGAGAGAUGAAGAGGCAGGUUAUAUAUGAACAAGAAGGGGUUUUCAUUCAUUCAUCCUGUGCAAAAAAUGAUGACCAGGAUAGUUUAAUAUCAGGAGUACUACGUGUCAUAGAAAAGGAAGCUGAAGUAAUAGUAGACUGGAGACCAUCGGAUGAUACUUUGGACUCGUCCAAUAUCCUCUGUGCUGGAAAGGAUUCCAGUUCAGUUGUAGAAUGGACACACACACCUAAAGAAAAAUCUCCACGGGGGUCUGACCACCAGAAUAAUUAUGAAGCAGAAUGGGACAUGGUCAACACAGUAUCGUUUAAAAAGAAGCCACGUUCUAAUGGAGAUGCUACAACUCAUACAAAUGGCGAAAGCAAGUGGUCAUUCCAGUUCAGUUUGACAGAUCUGAAAUCAAUCAAACAAAAUAAAGAAGGCAUGGGAUGGUCUUAUUUGGUAUUCUGUCUGAAGGAUGAUGUCAUCCUCCCAGCUCUUCAUUUCCAUCAUGGUGAUAGCAAAUUAUUGAUUGUGUCCCUUGAAAAAUAUGUGGUGCUGUGUGAAUCUCCAGAGGAUAAAAGAAUUCUUCUUGUCAAUUGUCAGAACAAAAGCCUUUCCCAGUCUUUUGAAAAUCUCCUUGAUGAGCCAACAUAUGGUCUAAUACAGGUAGAGCAACUAGACAGAAGAAAGACAUUUUGGGCCAUUCAUCAUUGGAAAAAAUUGAAGAAGGAUCCGUAUACAGCAACUAUGGGAGGAUUUUCCAAAGUGACAAACUAUAUUUUUGAUAGUUUGCGAGGAAGUGACCCUUCAACUCAACAGCGACCACCAUCUGAAAUGGCAGACUUUCUUAAUGAUGCUAUUCCAGGGCUAAAGAUCAAUCAACAGGAAGAACCAGGAUUUGAAGUUAUUACACGAAUUGAUCUAGGUAAACGGCCUGAAAUUAUCAGAAGAGAGCCAGUGUCUACUGAGGAAUGGACUAAGAACAUGGAUUCAGAAGGAAGAAUCUUAGAUGUUGACUACAUAAAGCAAAUGAUAUUCAAAGGGGGACUCUGCCAUGCUUUGAGAAAAGAAGUAUGGAAAUUCCUUUUGGGUUAUUUUCCUUGGCAUAGUAGUAGAGAGGAAAGAAUUAAUUUGCAAAAAAGAAAAACGGACGAGUAUUUCAGGAUGAAACUUCAGUGGAAAUCAGUUAGUGAUGAACAAGAAAAACGAAAUUCAAGAUUAAGAGACUAUAAGAGUCUUAUAGAAAAAGAUGUAAACAGAACAGACAGAACAAACAAGUUCUAUGAAGGUCAAGAUAAUCCAGGACUGAUCUUACUUCAUGACAUUUUGAUGACCUAUUGUAUGUAUGACUUUGAUUUAGGGUAUGUUCAAGGAAUGAGUGACUUGCUUUCUCCUGUCUUGUAUGUGAUGGAAAAUGAAGUUGAUGCCUUUUGGUGCUUUGUAUCCUACAUGGAUCAACUGCAUGAGAAUUUUGAGGAACAAAUGCAGGGUAUGAAGACACAAUUAAUUCAACUGAGUACUUUGCUUCGCUUGCUAGACAGUGGGUUUUGCAGUUACUUAGAAUCUCAAGACUCGGGAUACCUUUAUUUUUGCUUCCGAUGGCUUCUGAUCCGAUUUAAAAGAGAAUUUAGCUUUCAAGAUAUUCUUCGAUUAUGGGAGGUAAUGUGGACAGAGUUGCCUUGCCAGAAUUUUCAUCUUCUCAUCUGUUGUGCUAUCCUGGAAUCUGAAAAGCAGCAAAUAAUGGACAAGCAUUAUGGUUUUAAUGAAAUACUAAAGCACAUCAAUGAACUGUCUAUGAAAAUUGAUGUGGAAGAUAUACUCUGUAAAGCGGAAGCAAUUUCUGUGCAGAUGAUGAAUUGCAAGGAAUUGCCUCAAGCAGUUUGUGAGGUCCUAGGGAUGGAGAACAGUGCUGUGACAACCCCAGAUUCAGACACUAGAGAAGAUGAAAGUGUUACUGUGAUGAGUCCUUCUGCAUCAACAUAUCAAAAUAUCUCUAUGCCUGUAACUGCUGCCAAUGGAACAAGAGAUAACUCACAACAGAUGGCUGACACACACAGUGCCCAUAGAUUGACACCUACAUAAUUACUUCUGGUUAAAUUCUUGAAGAGACUCUUUAUUGCAGCUCUUUUUUCAAGCACUUGAGGGGUGGAUGUUUAGAAUUUGGUGUUUGAUUAAGCUUUAAGGUUUUGGAAAGAAAUUCUGUACUGUAAUGCUCCUGCAUUAAAGCUUUACAACAUAACCUGA